GUUUUGACAACUCUAGACCGACCGUGUUUGACGUGUUUUGUGUCAUAGAAAAUUGAUUAUAGUUGAUUUUUCGACACUCUAGCCAGGAUAUAUUUGUCUAUAUUAUUUGUUGAACCGUGUAGCGCUGUGUUCCCGUUGAUCCCCCGUUUUCCCCGCCCCCGGACCUUUGGAGAAAAGUGUGUCGUAAAGUGCCUGAAAUUUGGAUUGAAUUCGUCGUGAAAGAAUCAUGGCGAGACUUACUAAAGUCUUCAACACGGAUGAUGAUGAAUCCGUGGACGUUGGCCGUAGGAAUUUGCCGCUUGUGGCAGGCGAUAAAUUAAUGAUGCUUAUGGACCUGAACAGCAAAGGCCUGGUGAUCGACAGCCCCGCCAUCCGAGGCAGAGAUCUGGAGGAGUUCUCGCGCAAGUUCAAACUGCUGACAGAAGCCGAGCGGCGUCAAUCGCUAGAGAUCGACUGCCCCAGCUUCAUGGCUGUCCUGAAUCAGUGCGUGCAGUGUGUCGGCUGUCGGCGGCGAGUGGAAAGGCUUUUCCAUCAGUUGACGGAGUCGGGGCAUCGCACACUGGAUCCGCUGGAGCUGCGACCUACCGCCACGUUGAGCAUAGUAGAGGAGAAACUAAAGACUCCGCAGGCACUGGGAACGCUGCUCUAUCGGCAUCACGAAGUCCUGAAUAACCUGCUGGACAACAAACUACGGAAUAAAACGCGCUGUGUCCUUCACUCUCUGGAUGCCUUUCGGGCCAAGCCCUUUUCGGAGACGUGGCGCGAGGUGUGGUCCGCCAUGAAGAGUAACUGCCGCAACGAGCUAACCAUCAUCGAGACCAAGGAGCUUCACGACGUGCUAGAGAACUACCUCAAGAAGCACAAGUUCUGCUCAGGAUGCCGAACAAAGAUUGAACGCGCCUACAAAAUACUCAUUGGCGAAAUCUCGGCCAAGGAGAAGGGAUAUGCGGCGCAGCUGUACGCCCAUAUCCGCAAAUGCGUGCCUGACCAGCAUAUCCAUGUUAGCACUAGCAAAAUCGAGUUCCUGGACGCGUUAAUAAAGAGAGCCGAGCCGGAGGUGAACGGAAGCUACUCGAAACUGCGCGAAAGGCAUGCCAAGACUCUGGAGAUCGCGCAAGAGGAGGUACUUACCUGUGUGGGUAUGAUCAUGUACGAACGGCUGCGACGCAUCUAUGUUAGCCUGCGGGAGGAGGAGCGCGCCUGUCAGGUGCUGGCCGCCGUAGGCGUCCACGCCCUCUGUCGCAGCUUCGACACGUUUGUGGAGCAGAAACAGGGCAUCAGCAACCUGGAGCUACUCUACCAAGAAAUUAGCCGGGCUGAGCGGGCAAAGCAGCUCAAGCGCGAGCAGAAGAAGCUCAAGAAGAAGAAGAAGAAGGACGAAAAGAAGAAUGCUCUGCACCGUCAGUGCGAGGAUGUCAACGAGGAGGAGGAGGACGAAGCGAACGAAUCUGAUGAGGAGACGGAGCUACAGGUAGAGAAGCUAGAUCAGGAUCAGGAUGAGGAGGAAGAAGAGCACGUGGAAGAGCAUUCUGAGGGAGCUGAGCAGCACGUCGAUGAUGGUAUUGUCAUAGAGGAGGCUCCUCCCACGGCCAAGCCAACGAAAUCGAAACCGAAGAAGCAAGCGAAGAAAAAGAAGUCGAAAGCUACAAAGAAGCCUGGAAACAAAAACUUGAAACUGGGACGAAACCUGAACGACGAUCACGAUCACCUGGACGUGGCCAGUUGCAUCUCGUCGAGCGUCGCCAAGGCAAAUGAAGCUGGUGACAACUGCGAUGCGUGCCUGGCCCCCUUGCCCAACUGCCCGUGCGAGCAGGAUGUUCGCGACUCGGGGUACGGUAGCGAUCCUACCUCGCACAUCAACUCGCGCACCUCCAGCGCUGUUUCGUCGCCCGAGGGAUCAGAGGUCUCGUGCUCUGACGGGUUCUGUAACCACGACGACGAGGAACAGCCACACGGUUCGGAAGCUGUUUCCGACAGCUAUGAUUCCGAGUUGCUGCUUUACGGAGACCAGUCGCAGUUGGAACACAAUUUUUCAUUGUUGCAGAUGUGGGACGACUUCAAUGACUACGACGACAAAGAGGAUGAGAGCUAUUACAUUCCCCAGGAGGUGGUCCUAGCCUUUAAGUGCCACCGCGAACAGGUGCAGCGCCAGCGGGAGCAGCUCCGCGCCACCCUUCGCGCCAACUUCGAGCGCAUGUGCCUGCAACGCGGAGUCCCGGCUUCUAAGCUGGCUGCCCCCGCCACGGCUGGCCUUUAAACGCAUUAAACCGUUGUAGUUAUUCAGUCGAGCGUGGCGAUUUUUAUAAAAAUACGCCCGCAUGCAUUCAAAGUACAUAUAAUUUUUUGUUUUUGAAAUAAAUGAAGUAUACAAGUUACAACUUAAA